CUCGUGUUGUUGUUUUCAUUUGAAAACAAAUCGUGGGCUUUGCUUUUGAACGCACAAAACAGCAAAAAUCCUCAUUUUUUUCAACGAAAAACAUGGACGUGCAGAUGGCCGACCACGAAGACGAUGCAUUGGCGUUACUUGCUUUGAAAUCUGGCGUAAACAGCAGCGAUAAACCGAUCUGGUCUCCGGUGAGCGAAGUCAAGCCAAUUGCCAAAUUGGAGGGUCGCGAAUUCGAAUACUUAGUCCGUCAAAAUCGAAUUUCUAUCGGUAGAAACAGCAGUUUGGGCAGUGUAGACGUGAACAUGGGUCAUUCAAGCUUCGUAUCAAGGAGACAUCUUGAAAUCACGUUUGAUUCCAAGAGCUUUUUCUUGAAAUGCAACGGCAAAAACGGUGUUUUUGUUGACGGCACGUUUUUCCGCCGUGGAAACUCGCCGCUCAAAUUGGCCGCGACGUGAGUGUUUCGUGAAUUAUUUCAUGGCCAUAUUUGUUUUUUUAUUUGUUAGUAUUUACGUCUAACGCCUCUUCCACAAUAGGUGCGUUCUACGAUUUCCUUCGACAAACGUAAAAAUAUGGUUCACGUCGCUGUUGGACGAAAAUGUACCUCGGCGUGUUCCGAGCCCCCCGAAAACAACGAAACAUUAUCCAUCGCUCCAAAUCAAAAUUCCCAGUGCUAAAUCUACUCCAAAUUCACCGAUUCCUUCGCCUACGGGGACGAUAAGGUUAGUGUGUGCGUUUUAUUUUUGUAUUGAAGUGUUAAAAGCCUAAAUUAUUGCCUUCAAAGCGAGUAUGUGAUUUUAGUCAUUUUACCUUAGCAAGCGCAUUUGUUUGUUGUUUUGUGCUAAUGAGGUCACAUUUUUGAAAAACGCAGUAAUCGGCAGACAGCUGAUCUCGUUUUGGGCCAUUUGCACAACACACUCUCGUCAAAAACCUUCUAGAAUAGUACGGGCUAAAGAAUUUCACGAAAAGCUAAUAUUUUGCUUCGAAAAGUGGCCUUGUUUUGGAGUCUUGCCCUAUAAACGUCACGUCACCAUAUAAACAAAACACUGGAUUGCGAAAUCCUUUACCGUACAGCAGCGCCAAAUUGUGUAAUUUGCGGAACUGUAAACAAUAUCAGUUGCAUGUAGACGUGUAAUAUUAUACUGUGGCGGUUUGUGUUACAUGUACUAAAUCUGGUGGAAGGGUAUUCUGUUGGCUACAACGUAGAGUACAUAUGUAAACAUUAAAAUGUAAACAGUAUAUAUUGCAUACUGUGUAAGCUACACUAUAGUGUUCAUUUCGCAAGAAUAAUAUUUAUGCUAAGCAUGCCAGGGUAAUAAUUUGCUGCCAUUUUCAAGUGAAGCCCCUUCAUAUAUGAUUGUCUGAUGUUGCACCUGGGAAAUAUCUUGUGCAGCCAGAUUUUUCACUUUUGUACAGUUGUAAUCUUGUCAGAAUAAGUUCUGCAGUUUACAAAAGUGCAUUUGCUUUAUAGGUCGAUUUGCACUACACAACUUUUGCCUAAAACUGUCGCAUGCAAUCGGCUUAUAACUUGAGUUGUACUGUGUAAAUCAAGCACACAACUCACUUAUGACAACGUAGGCAAGUUGUGUGCUUGAUUUUUUAAUUAAGUAUUAGUGCACCCUACCUUAUCAUUUUUCUCUGCCUAAUGCCAGACGAUUUUACUUGCCAGGCAGAGAGCUCUGGCGCUUGAUUGUUUAAAAUAAUUUUGAGUGAGCCAUGAAUCAUCCAUCCAGAUUCACAUAUGUGAGCACAACAAUGAUCUGUUUCUCCUUGACAAAGGCACUUCUUUUAUUCCACUGGCAUCACCAAAAAUGCUGUAAUUUGUGCUUCCCCCAUUUUUUAUUGCCAUUUUUAUAUCCCUCUUCACAGUCCAUUUUUAACACCCCUACCUCCCCCACACACCCCUUGUACAAUGAAAGAACUACAAAAUGUAGUUCCCUUACAGUCGAAAUACCAAAUGUGUCCCACUUCUGUAGUUUGUUGUGAUCUACUGUAAUUUGUUCUGUUUUCUGUAGCAGUUAUAGCGAUUUAUCGGCAAAUACCGUGAUAAAAUUUAUGUUUUGUUUUUUUAUGUGGUAAUUUGUUGUAAAAUAUUUAUCUUUUAUACAUUCAUCCGAUAACAUGAAAUAAUUUAGCAUUUUGCCUCAUUAAUAUUCUGUACACAUCAGUAUGUGUACAUUCUAUGCAUGUAAUUGUUCAGCUAAGAUAAGCUAGUUCAUCUUAGGUCUCUUAGCUCUCAAUUUGUGGCCACAAUUUCUGAUUGUGCUACAGACCUGAGUCUUUCCACUUUUCAAACUUACAAUUUCCAUGGACAUUUUCCAGUAAAAUUUUCCUGUUUGAUUCAAAACCUAAACACUCGCAUUUCACAAUCAAUUUUAAUGUCCCACUUUCCCUCUGCCAUCUUAGUAGACCAUUCUAUAUUUCAGUGUGCCCAACUCCUGCCCGACCAGUCCAGGCCCGGGGAGCAGCAUCGGCACAACACCAACCUUCCUUGAAGAAACCACCGAAGUCAUCGAGGAACAACCCAGCACGCCGAAGAACGAGAGCAAGGAUAACUCUGGCAAGGAGGAUGGAAAACCACCUUAUUCCUAUGCACAGUUGAUCGUUCAAGCUAUAUUAUCCGCUCAAGAUAAACAAUUAACACUUAGUGGCAUAUAUAAUCAUAUUACAAAGAACUAUCCAUAUUAUCGAUCAGCUGAUAAAGGCUGGCAGGUAAUGUCACUAUUAAACUAACUUUAUUUAUACUGAUUAGCUCUAAAUGUUGUCCUUGGUGGUCGAGUAAGAACAAGCUUUACUGACAAACUACUAAAUCUUUCAUUCAGAAUUCGAUUCGUCACAAUCUCUCAUUGAAUCGCUACUUUGUCAAAGUGCCGAGAGCGCAAGAUGAACCAGGUAAAGGGUCGUUUUGGAGAAUUGAUCCAAGCUGUGAACCAAAGUUGGCUGAACAAGCUUUUCGCAAGAGGAGGCAACGAGGCGUGCCUUGCUUUAGAUAUCCAUUCGGAACAUUGUCAUCAAGGUACUGUAACUUACUGUGAUAGGGUUCAGGAAAUGAUAUUUUAGGAAGAAACGUGAUGUUUAACCCAUUAAGUUGCAUUGCACCCUAAUGUGCCUGCUUUGUUAUUUUAUACUGUCUAAUGCCAGAUGACUUCACUCAUCAAGCGUUGCCGCUCAGUGAGUUCAACUUGUCUGGUAUCUGACAGGACAGAAUGAUAAAAUGGCUGCUUUUAAUAUCUGAUUCUUCAUAGGUCUGCCCCCGCCUCGCCAACUCAUGGCCUCCAGUAUCCCACCAUGGCGAGCAAACCAACCAAUCAGACAGCAGCAGGAACUGAAGUACUUCAACCACCCUCAUUACCCAACAUCCCCAUGACCACUUUGGUCACACAGACCCCCGGUGGUAACCUCUCGUACACAGGUAUGCACCAAGUACAACAUCUACUCCCACCCGUCACCUCACCUGGGGGCAAGAUUCAAACAGUCACCCUCCAACCUGCGGGGAUGCCCGUAGUUUCAAUAAAGCAGGAGGUGACGCGGGUGCCUUCGUCAGAUAAGGUGGUGGUACAGAAUGCCGAGACGCUGGUGAAAGUGAGCAGUAAGACGCCCAUGUCGGCUAUGCAGGCUCUUCAGAAGUUGCCGCCGGUUUCGAAUGCUGUGUUGCCUGGUAAGUUACAGAUAAUUCAUAAAACUUUCCAUUAUUUCCAAUAUUUUCAAUAUUUCAGAACUUGUUGUGUUAUGUUUUUGUCUGGGUUUAUAUUAAUUUGUACACAGUCUCGGUAAUUGAGCUCAUUGUAUUUUUGUACAAUGAAGUAUUCGUCCAGUAGGGAUAGCUGAGAUGAAACGUGCAACCACAAUCAUAAUAUUUAACAAAGGAUUUGUGCACGAUGAGGUACAAUUCAACAUCAAACAAAGCUCUUGACUCUUCUAUUUUGUGCCUUAGAAGUUUGCCUGGAUUCCAGACCAUCAUAUCUUCAAUAGGAAAUUUGAUAGCUGUGCAAUUAAUGCCUGGAUACAAAUUACAAUAAUUAACCAUUUCCUAAAGUCCUGGGUCUUGUCGCGUGAAUCCCAUGUUGAAGGGACAAGAAAUAUGGCAGCACACAUUUAAAUUAAAUGUUUAAUGUAAAAAGGAGAUAUUUCAUUUUUGGUCGUUUAAAAAGAUGAUAUUUGACAGUAGAUACUUCUACUCUUUCACAUAUUUGACGCCUGUCACCAUAUAUUUUGUCCCUCCAAACGAUCCCAGAAUUUCCAGAAUGCACUGUGAUCUCUUUUGAGAAAAGGCUAAUUUCCUUUGUUUUUCCAGGUCUGCUGACCCCCGUACAAACCCCCACCGCCCUAACCUCGACCUCAUCCCUCACAACUGAGCAACAGCGACCCAACAAACUUCAGAUACGCGCCCCGCCUCUUGAAACAACCCUAACCCCGGAGACCUCGCCCCUUGGGGUCCUCUCGCCGGCCGCUACAAACGCUGCCGUUAGUUUGGUUAUGAAUAGCGUAAAACGACCAUUUGGUAUGGGAAACCUGCCGGGAAUUUCCGAAGAAGAGCCAAUGGUGAAACGAUACAAGGAGAACGCCGCCGAGAAUGGCAUCCUGAAGGAUGAGAUUAACGGACAGCCAAAGGACACUAGUUCAUCGUCGUAAGGAUAGCCUUUAAAAGACAUUGGCGACAAAAUUGUUGAAAGAACUCGUAAAAUAUGAAAGUAAUUUAUUAAAAAAAAAAAUUCCGCUUUUCUCGGCAUUUAGGGUUAAAAACUCACAUUAACGCAAUUCCGAUGUAUUCAUUUGCGACUGACCGUGAUGGAUAUAGAUAACAUGUCUUGGACGAAUUGAAUGAAUCGGGCGAAAAUUAUGAUAUACUAUGAUGAUGGUCAUAAAAAAUAUCUAAAUAUCUCUAGAACAAAACAAAUUAAGAAAGUUUGCCACGGUUUCAAAUUUACGAGUUCUUUCUGAAAAGUAAAUUAAAUUAAGGAAAUUAAAACGAAUUAAUUUAAUUGAGGAAAUUUAAAUUUUGCCGGCAAUGUCCUUUAAAGAAAUCUUGAAAGUUUUUAACCAAUUGGUGAGGACGUGUUUUUCCUCGCCGUCCAAAGUCCGUUACUGUCGUUAACAAGACCUUUUAAAGAAGAAUUAUUGACAGUUGACAGCGACGAAGCAAGUGAAGAAACGUGUUGUUGAGUCGAAUUAUGGCUGUGUUGCAGUGCGCAGAAACGAUGCUUUUAUAAACUCUUGAAGAGAUCGAGUGCAGAGUAGUAAUCUGGUCGUGGGAAGUGAAUGUUUUCAGCACUUGCUCGCGUUCAUCGCCAACUCUCUCGACAACUCUGAGCUGGUACAAAUUUUGACGAGAAUUUCCGCCAACAUUCAUCAACUCUUGUUUCUCAUCUGAUCAGAGCAUGGGAGUUUCGAAAAUUCUCAUGCGAACUUGUCGCUUGCCAAAUCAUGCCUGAUAUUUUACGUCAAAUGUCGUAUUAAGUAAUAUAGAGUAGACUAAUUCUGCAUCUGUUCGCCGAGUGCAUUCCCAUAACGCGCGUAAAAAUCUCACAUCUUGUAACAAGUCUGCCAACAAGCCGUCAACAAGUUGUGUUCGCACUGCUUGUCCCAAGUUGUCAACGAAUAUGGAACAACUUGUAACAACCUUGUUGAUAUUAUCAGACUUGUUGCAACGUUG